AUGCUAACAAAAGAUUAUUUUAUCCUUACAAGUAUCGAAUCAGAAUCACACACCCCAGAAGAUGCAACCAAUGAUUAUUUUAUCCUUACAAGUAUCGAAUCAGAAUCACACACCCCAGAAGAUACAACCAAUGAUUAUUUUAUCCUUACAAGUAUCGAAUCAGAAUCACACACCCCAGAAGAUACAACCAAUGUGGGAUUACGACUAGUAAAUGGCCCCAGUCCGUGUGCUGGCAGAGUGGAGAUCUAUCACGACAAUGAAUGGGGCACCGUGUGUGAUGAUGGUUGGGGAAUAGAAGAGGCUGAAGUCGUUUGUAGAGAACUAGGAUGUGGAACUGCUGUUUCAGCACCAGGAGAAGCAAAAUAUGGAAGAGGAACUGGGCCAAUAUUGUUGACUGGUCUGAGAUGUACAGGAUAUGAAUCUUCCCUGGAAAAGUGUCGAUCGAAAGGAUGGAAUGUACAUAACUGUAACCAUCAUGAAGAUGCUGGUGUUAUAUGCACAGACUUAGAACUAGUAAAUGGUCCAGAUUCUUGCUCUGGAAGAUUGGAAAUCUACCACAACAAUGAAUGGGGCACAGUGUGCAGUGAUGGCUGGGGAAUGGAGGAAGCCUCAGUUGUCUGUAGAUAUUUAGGAUGUGGAGCUGCUGUUUCAACACCAGGGGCAGCUCUCUAUGGACAAGGAUAUGGACCAAUCAUGCUGGAUGAUGUGAGCUGUGUAGGAUCUGAAUUUUCCCUAAAACAGUGCCAGUCCAGAGGAUGGAAAGUACAUAAUUGUGACCAUGGCAAAGAUGCUGGGGUCCACUGCUCAGGAAAUAAAAUGGAUCAGCAUGUGUCAGAGUUACGAGUAAUAAAUGGUGCAAAUUCAUGCUCUGGAAGAGUGGAAGUCUACUACGAUAAUGAAUGGGGCACAGUGUGUGAUGAUGGCUGGGGAAUGGAGGAAGCUACUGUUAUCUGUAGAUAUCUGGGAUGUGGAGCUGCUGUUUCAGCACCAGGGACAGCUCACUAUGGAAAAGGAACUGGACCAAUUUUGAUGAAUGAAUUAAACUGUGUGGGAUCAGAAACUUCACUGAAACAAUGCCCAUUUAGGGGAUGGAAACUGCAUGACUGCAACCAUACUAAAGAUGCUGGAGUUCACUGCUCAGGGGCAUAAUAUAUGAAAAAGAAGCAAUACAAGAUGGAGAAGAAAUUGUCUAAAAACCAACACAUGUGAGAUACCCUUACUUGUCUUUGCAAACAAAAUAAUGUGCAUGCUCAAAAAGAA